CCAGUUGUUGUUUUGGCAGCGUGCGGUUCGGUCGACGGGUUACAUCGCCUUCUCUCCUCUACCAAAAUAAAGAGGCGCCAAAUUCAAUCAAUUGGACAAUAUCACACGCAACUCAACGGGCACGAAAGUGUUUGUCAAACAACAUAGAUUGUAUAACAUUAUAAAUAUAUGCAUAUUCAGGCGGUACUCGCUCAGUGGCUAAAGCAAACAUUCAGUGCCAGCGAUCCGGAGAAUUCCGAUCGAUCGCGUCGGUACAAAAAAAAUUGAGCGAGAACAGGAAGAGCCGGCUGUUGGCUUCAGUCUACAAAUCCUCACCCUCGUGAACACCCCUUGAUUUUUUUGUUGUCGCGUGUGCUGCCGUACUACACUACCACAAACUACAAAAUAUAUACCAUACCAUACAAACUGACGCCAGGUGUGCUAAAUUCAUAGAUUCUUCUUCAAUUAUUUUGGUGCCCCAUCGGUUUUUGUUUUGCUGCAUUCAUUCGCAUUCGAAAAGUCGCUCUUCAACGCAAAUCCCAAAACAGCUGUCACUCCCGAAUAUUUGCCAAAUGCCUCUUCAUCGGAUCAUCUGAAUCGCGCGUAGUUAAGUGAAAAUCGUCAGAGGAUUUUGAUUGCCUUCUGAAAUCUACAGCCAUAACUGCAAAAAUGUCCGGAAUCAACAGUCGUAAUCAGAAAAUGGAACAGCAGCGCCAGCUGAUGGAGGCCUACAUCCGGCAGAAGAGAGCCUCGCCGGGAAUGGUCCAGGCCAGCGAUUUGCAGAUCAAUCGACCCAUGUCCGGGAUGCGCAGCAACAGCCGGGAGCUGCACGCCUACGACGGACCCAUGCAGUUCAUCAGUUCGCCCCAAAAUCCGGACCAGAUACUCACCAACGGCAGUCCCGGCGGCAUCAAUCCGGUUGCCAUGAACACGAGUCGCAAUCACUCGAAUAACAUGCGCAGCCUAAGCACCAUCAACCAGGAGGGUAAGUGGUCGUACACUCCAAGAAAAGCUGAUCUCAUAGAGGAGAUCUCAUCGCACGAGUUGGAGGACGAGGAGAGCAGUCCGGUGACGGUGAUUGAGCAGCACCAGCAGUCAGCCUCGCACAGCGCCAACUCGACGCAAUCGCAGAAACCACGUGCCCGCCAGCAUUCCUUUAGCGACAAUCUGGACGAGGAUGACUACACCAAUCGCAAUGUGGCCGGUGCUGCUCCAGUGCGUCCCGCCGGCAUGGCCUCAUCGCCGUACAAGGACGCAACGCUGGACGGCAGCAGCAACGGGACGGGGAACGGAACUGGCGGCGAGUCCGAGGGAGAUGUCAUCGGCAAUAUCGACCAGUUCGUGAUGCAACCAGCGCCACAGGGAGUGCUCUACAAGUGCCGCAUUACGCGGGACAGGAAGGGCAUGGACCGCGGCCUCUUUCCCAUCUACUACUUGCAUCUGGAACGUGACUACGGCAAGAAGAUAUUUCUGCUGGGAGGUCGCAAACGCAAGAAGAGCAAGACAUCCAACUACAUUGUCAGCUGCGAUCCCACGGAUUUGUCUCGCAAUGCCGAUGGCUUCUGUGGCAAACUGCGCUCUAAUGUCUUUGGCACAUCCUUCACGGUCUUUGACAACGGCAACAAGGAGAGCACAGAGAGUCCUCGACUCGACUUGGCCGUCAUCAUUUAUGACACCAACAUUUUGGGAUUCAAGGGGCCACGCAACAUGACUGUUAUACUGCCCGGCAUGACUGAGGACGAUCAGCGUGUCAAGAUCAGUUCGGCGGAUCCCAAACAGCAGGGCAUCCUUGACCUAUGGAAAAUGAAGAACAUGGACAACAUCGUGGAGCUGCACAAUAAGACGCCAGUGUGGAACGAUGAAACCCAAUCGUAUGUGCUCAACUUUCAUGGGCGCGUCACCCAGGCGUCGGUGAAGAACUUUCAGUUGGUCCACGACUCCGAUCCGGAGUACAUAGUAAUGCAGUUCGGCCGCACCUCGGAGGACGUCUUCACCAUGGACUAUCGCUAUCCCCUGUGCGCCAUGCAGGCAUUCGCCAUUGCCCUCAGUAGUUUCGAUGGCAAAAUAGCCUGCGAGUGAGCUGGCUGGGAUCCUCGGGUUGGCCCGUUGCCUUAUGUACAGCUGAUUAUCUGGAGUGCGGAUCAAGUCGCUCCGGGCGGAUCAUUGUUGAAAUUAUUAUCGGAAAUCUAGUCACUCGAAGUCGGGUUUUGGUAGACCAUCGUUGAAAUGAGUAAUGUAGUUAGUAGCUACUCGUAUCGCGUAUCAUUGUAUAACGUAUAUUCAGAAUGUGCUCACCGAUUUUAUAAGAAAUUAUUUAGGACAGGUCCUACAACUUUGUAAAUCUAAAUGUGCCCCUUUUAGCGAUAAGUUCACUUGUAAGCGAUUCGAAGUCAAGGUCAUUUAAAGUAAUAUCAGUUUUAUAAUCAGCAUAUAGCAACAAAUCAAGGACUAAUGUAAACUAUUUAAAAUGCCACUACUAUUAGUCGGUAAGAGAGCACUACUAACUUGUACUAAGCUCUAAAUAAAUACAAACAGCUAUUGAUC